AUGCCAAGCAGUUGCUUGAAGAACUCCACAAGAGCAAUCACUCAACUUGGCCGUGGUGGACAGUGGGCUGCUGCAUUGCAACAUUUGCAUUCACUUUUGCAGGACAAGGUCAUAUCAGCGAACAAGGGCUGUGCUCCUCUGAAUGGAAGCUCAACCCUGUCCAUCCUACACAAUGCAACCAUCAGUGCCUGCGAAAAAAGCUCAAAAUGGACUUGGGCUUUGCAUUUGCUUCUUGACAUGAAGUUGCGGAAACUGCCACCCGAUGCCAUAACUUUCAACACAUGUAUCAGUGCAUGCUCAAAAGCACUAAAGUGGCAGAGAGCACUUGCCUUGUUCGAACAGAUACGUUUGCAGGAACUUGUCCCUACCACUGUAUCAUUCUGUGCACUAAUCACGGCAUUUGAAAAGGGCAACGAUUGGAUCAGGGCCCUUGCGGCUUUUGAGCAGGCAUUGUUUGCAAGUGUCACAAACGUGGUAACCUUCAAUAGUGCCAUCGCUGCAUGUGACAAGGGACUGCAAUGGGAAAUAUCUUUCAGACUCUUGGACACCAUGCAGAAGCACAGCAUCAAAGCAGACAUCAUCUCGUGCAACUCAGUCAUGAGUGCCUGCUGCCGGGCGGAGCAAUGGCAAAUGGCUUUGCAACUUUUGGAAGACAUACGAUUGAAGCGCAUGGACAUGGAUCAAACAACGUUGAAUAUUGCAGUCAGUGCAUGCGAAAGCACCAAACACUGGAGGGGGGCAGUAAAGAUUUUAGAUGAGGGCAGACUAUUGGAUCUACUUCCAGAUGUUGUGACCUGCACGUCCAUGAUUGCAUCAUGCUCAAGACAUCAGCAAUGGAGUGAAGCGAUCAAUCUGUUUGACCAAAUGCAGCAGAGGAACAUUUCACCCAAUCUGCAAACAUAUAAUUCCAUCAUAUACGCUGUUGGGCUAUCAGCUCAAUGGGAAAGGGCUUUGUCUCUCAAUAAGCAGAUGAAGGAUAUCUCUCAUGAGCCGAACACUGUCACAUACAGCUCUCUGAUCUAUGCAUGCGAGGGCGGUCAGUGGGAGAGAUCGUUGUGGUUUCUGCAAGAGAUGUGCAAUUUGCAAGUGCAGCUGAAUGUGAUAGCAAUGAACUCUGUCCUUGGUGCUUUUUCCCAGGGGGUACAGUGGGAAAGAGCUUUGCAACUACUGCAACACAUGGAUCGCUAUAGUCUCGAAAGGGAUAUAGUUUCGUGCAAUACAGCUCUGGCUGCCUUCCAGAAAGAGACUCAGUGGGCCCAAGCACUGUGGCUAUUUAACUCAAUGCCUGCGAAGGCAAUACAGGCAGAUGUCAUCACCUACAACACUCUGAUCAGUGCUUUGGAGAGAGGACAACAACUUGAGCGAGCCAUCGAUCAAUUCGACAGCAUGGGGAAGAAAACAAAGGCGUGGCCAAGACAAAUGCAGAUUGACCUAAUGCCAAUGGGGCCAAUGCCUGAUACUGUCACCUACACCUCGAUGAUCAAAGUAUUGUCUCAACAGCACAAAUGGCAAGAUGCACACCACAAGUUCUCAACACAGGUUCUCAGCAGCCUGCAACCGAGCAUCACAAUGUAUGCAGCUUUGAUCACAGCCUUGGAAUUGGGUCAGAAAUGGCAAAAGGCAAUUCACUACCUUCAGGAAGCUCUUCAGCGGCACAUUCCAGACAGGAUCACCUUAAAUGCAAGCAUAAAGGCUGCAGCAACAGGUUCCAAUUGGGAAAGCAUCCUGACUUGUUUCGGCCAGUUCCAUGAAUUUGCCUUGCAGCCAGAUUCUUUUACCUUCACUUCAGUAGUGAAUGGCUUAGCCAAAUCAGCUGAGUGGGAGCGAGCAUUUCACAUGCUGGAUGAGACAACUAUCCGCUAUCCUCCGAAUCCACAGACUCAACUGGCAUUCCAAGCUAUGAUGAACGCACUAAAGAAGAAGAAUGCGAGUCGGCAGUUGAAGCUCUUGGAUCAAAAUGCACCCAAGAUUCCAAAGCAGGCGGAUCUCAAUCCCAGAAUUCUCCUGGAGAUCUUGCAUGAAGUCACAACAGGCAGAGUACCAAAGAAGAUCCACCUCAAUGCAGAAAUAGUUGCCUUCGAAUGCGGAGCUGAUGGAAUUACAUCGAUUCGAAAUUAUUUAGAAUUUUUAGGGCAAGGAAAAAAAUAUAAUAUAAUAUAA